UAAAAUAACAAAGAUGAAAGAAAAGUUCUGGGAAUAUCUUUGUAAAAUUAAAAUUAUUUAAGCUUAGGACAAAAGUAGUUGAUACCCACAGGACAGAACUCGAUAUGCAUAAUGAUGUAUAAGAAAAACUCUUUGUGUGUGUGUGUAGUUUCAUCGCCCAUCAGCUCUGUAAUCUUCAUUUUGACUGCUGUGUUUGUGGCCGUGAUUUUCGUCAUCUUGUACAACACCCUUCCAUCCUUACACAGAAGGAUCAAGUUGUGGAAGGGAUCAAUUCCAUCGCCCAUAAAGAGCAAAGUGCUGGAGGGGAUGAUGAAGAAGUCUCCAAGCGGAUGGCCAAAUCUCCAGAGUGAGAAAGAGUCAACCUCCAUCUGUGUACUACUGGCUGCAGACAAUGUCAGUCUCUGCAAAAGCAGUGUCUCUUGGGAGCCGUGUUUGUCACACAGUGAAGAUGCUGUUAAAAUGGCACGGUCAGGUGGAUCAAACCACUUGCACGCCUAUGUGAGUGAAGGCAUGUGCAAGGACAAAUCAGGCAUGAACUUCAGCGGACCUUAUAUUCUGUGUUGCGAGGAACCCUGCACCCAGGUCAAAUUUCCUGACGCCUCUAUAGACCGAGAUCACACAUGCGUGUCGGGAAAGUCUGAGAAUUUUGCUUCGGUAAAUGGAGGUUACGUUGUAACUCCUCCCAGCGCCAUGCCAGCAACUCAAAACCCCGUCCCCGGUGACAGCCCGACCAAUAACCCUUCAAACGAACCCCCUGCGUACACCCCCGGCCCAGAUGAGGGUUGUAUGGUCCUCCCUCAUCCAUCCGGAUACUUCACAAUGCCAUGUGUCGUCACGGCCUAGUCAGAACUGAGAGGAUAUGUGAAGAUUGCACAUUCUGGAACAUAAUGACCAAGGACUCAAUAACUGUUAGUUUGGUGCUUUAAAAAAAGAAAAAACAUGAAGGGCCUACAUGCUCAAAGAAGGAGCCAGAAAUGGAAGACCAGAGCUAAGCACAAUUAGUGGAGCACAGUGAAUGUAAUUCAAAUCUUUGCUUUAUACAAACUGUCACUUUAUGAGCAAUGUCUAGUGACAGAUGAAUGUUUCGCAUGCUCAUAAUGAAAGGGGGUGAAAGACUCAUUGGAGCUUCAGUAGGACUUUGAGUUGAAGCUGUUGUACUGUGAAAGUCUCACCAACAGAUGGCAGUGUUGCUUUAAAUGAAUGUAAGAAAAGUCUAAUUGUUUUCUCAUUUCCUCAGUGCAAACCGUGGAGAGCAAGCAACGCAUUAGUCGAACGUGACACAGUGCCUCACAUACCCACAGCAGGGAAUGUCUUCUUUUUCUUCUUCAUAAGCUUUUGCAGUUAAUUCAGCUUGACAAACACUGGCAGCCUCAUUCACUAACUGUGUACGCAGGUAUUUGUGCGCAAAAUCUGCUUUUCACGCAGAAAUCACGUUCCAUCAGUAAGGUUCCAUAACUGACUGAAUGUACAAGCACAUUGAUUUAUUAGUGAAUGGGGCGCCUUUUGUAUAUAAGCAGUGCUGUUUUAGAUUUUUGCAAACUUUAUACUUUUUAAAACAUUUAAAAUGAACGUUUUUUUAAAAAUCUCUCUAUAACUUACAUUGUGUUAAAAUAUUGCGAAUGUUGCUAUGUGUCAUCGAAAACAUUAAAACUAUCUAUGUGCUGAGCUAAAGACAGUUUCAGGUUGGUCAUGA